GUCAGCAGGUCUUGGUUCUGUGGCGCCGCAGGGCACUCAAGCGCAGUGCGGUGAGACCCCAGCUCUCCACCGAGAGAGGGAGGAGCAGCGGAGGCUCCUGGCAGACACGCGCUCAACCGCCAUGGACCUACGCUAUCGUCUGGAGCACAAUGAGAGGGACUGGUUACGAGAAAAAGCUGAGCUUUUGGAGAGGUUUGACAUAGAGAGGAAGGAAUGGGAGACCCAGCUGAAAGAUAUGCAGAAGAAAAUAGAGAAGCUGUACUGUGAAGUGAGAUUCAAGCGAGAGGGGACCAGACUGGACGGUGAUGAUGUCGUGCACAGACUGAGCAUACCUUCCACCAGCACAGGCUCCAGUUUGCUCAGCGACAACUCGCGCUCUGAGCCGCUCAGCAGCAGCAGUCAGUCGGAGCAAAACAGACAAGCGUCGUUUCCUGGCUUUGGUCUCAACAGAAACAUCAGUGACAGAGAGAGUCGUCAACAUAGCCGUUUCCAAGUAGACAGCCUCUGUGACUUCAAUAUCGGUGGUCCGUUUUCUCAGAAUGAACCGUCACAGCCUUCGCUGGUGGACGACUUGAGAUCCAGGGGCACUUGGCAGCAAGACUCUGUUGAUAAUAAAAGAGUUUCUGUUGAUACGACAGAGAUGGCUGCUAUUUUUAAUGGAGCUCCUGAAUGUCAAAUGCCACAGAAAAAUGCUUUGUAUGGGAAUGAAAACAACGUCCCUGUCGGUCCACAAGAAAGUCCUGUUUGGGCAGACCUGUAUGGCAGUGACAAGAAGAGGAACACCACUACUCUUAAUGCUGCGCUGAAGGAGAUAGCACGUGUAAGCGAGGAGCUCUGCAGCUACCAGGAUGAGAUCAGAAACAAGAGUGGCGAUAAGAGGAAUCAGUCUGAAUUCCUGGGUGUAAAUGAGGAGGAUGAACCUCCCUGCGACCUUAGUCAAAUCUACGAUGAUUUCCGGGCCUUGGAGAGGGAAAACUGGAUCACUUUGUCACCAGAUAACACCUGGCGGGCCAACACUGUGAGUGACUCCUGGAGAACAAGUGCUGCAGAUCCCAACAGCUGCAGAGACACACAGACGAUACUCUCUGAAAUAGACACAGCAGCUCCACCCAUCCCACCACGCUCCUCCUCCUGGAACCUGAGCACCUCUGCCCUAACAGACACAGAACUCCACAUCCCGGAAUCCCCCACAACUACAGCGAAAAGGUGCCACAGCCCCUGUGUUCUCGUGGACAGAAAGUGCAGUAGCCCCUCCAUUGUCAGGAAGUUCGAGGCGAUGCUACAAGAAAAUGAAGGAAAGGUUUUCAUUGAUGGUGCAGUAUCAUCCUGCUCUGUUCCUGCUCACUCUAACUGCAAUAUGGCCUGCUGCCACAACCGCUGGUCCUGUGAUGCUAGCAAGUUCAGCAGCAGCAAGUUAUCUCCCUGUGAGACAGUACAAAAGAGUUUCCCUGAGGUGAGCAUACUGAGUACUGCGAAAGACUUGCGCUCAGAUUACAACCCUGGUGUCGGUAACCUCAAAAAUCCUGAUCUGCAAACGCCUCCAGGGGUCACAGAAUUACCUGUAGAUGUAUUGUUGUCCAGUCUGGAAAAAACACCUGUCAGCCCCGACCUCCAGGGCUCCAGAAGAAACAUAAUGCUGGAACAAAAAACAGCUGAGUUCAACCGAACUUUGUUUCAGGCUGAGAUGGGCCGUGGUGUAAAGCAACAAGACAGUUUUACUAGUACAGAUGCCUCCUCUCUGGGUUGCCAAGCAGCAACAGACGUUUUACUGCCCAGCGAGACAGGAUUUCAGCCACACUGUACUGAUUUCAGCACCGGUGUUAUGGGUGUGAAUCCUGAGGUCAUAUCAGAUUCCACAUUUCAAAAUACUGAGGUCCUACCAAGGGGACUGAGAUGUGGUCUUGAAAGCCAGGGGGUCAGAAUAAAGCAAGACACCCCAUCUGAUCUUUCAUUUGAACAGCCACAGGUUGGACUCAGGGACACCACCACAAUAAUCUCCCAGAGUCCUGCUCACCAGCCUGAGGUCAAUCACAAAGUUCAAACACCAAGCAGUCCUUUCAGGAAAACACAGCGAAGAGCAGCCACUGGGGCUGUCUUCUGUGAGCCUGUCUCGUCUGCAAAUAACCAGCCAGGACAGAACAUGGAGGAUUCCAACUUGAUGAAUGAGAUUCCACAUGGAGUAAAGCUUCAGCCUGCAGCCAGAGUGGUUGCCCCAAUCCAGCAGUUGCCUGUGGAGAACAAACAAAGACCGGUGACUCAGCCAGAGCACCAGGCGCAGCCAAGGCAUGUGUCUUCACCUCCUUCCCAGCCUGACUCCACCAGGCAUGGACCUCGAAUGAUGAUCGACCAUCCCUGGAAGACCCUCAAUCUGGCGGCGUACCCACGGCCUGAGGGAUCCAGGUCCAACUAUGGAGCAGUUGAAAGAAUUCUGAAGAAUUACGAGACUGCAGCUAGGGCCCAACAAAGCCAGAGCCAACUGAACGAGAUGACGUCACAUCCUAACCUCAGUGUUCGGAAGCAGGAGACUGUCACUGAACUAGACAUGCUGGACAUGGACCCUCUGCCUUUACCUCCCACUCUAAGACACGUACAGACUUCUAACACCGCACAGACACACACUACACAUGCACAGCUCAGCAGCCACACUGCCAUGGGUGUGAAAGAGAUUCAGCUUAUAGUGCAGGCAAAUGAAGAGUCUUCUGUCUCCUCGUCUUCCGUCCCAAAGUGUUUCUCGAGGCCGACUCGUCCUGCCAACCGACGCCUCCCCUCACGAUGGGCCAGCCGUUCCCCCGCUUCUUCCUCCUCCACCACUGCCCCCAUCUUACCUCCAUCCUGUCGUCUUCAGAAACCCACUUCCUCCUUUACCUACGCACACGCCUUUCACAUAGAGACUCCACCUCACUGUGUGUAUGAACCAGAGGCCAGAAGCUUUCAAUGACAGCGUUCUGUUGUACAUGCCAAACACGUACUGCUUCUCCAAAUACCUAAAGACUCAGCUAAGUGCUCCAGCUGUGAGUUCAUUAACUCAUGGGUCGAAUGUAUAUGGCAUCCUGUGGACGCCACAGUAACUGACCAAGGACGGCAAGUGCAGGAUCUCAAGAGCAGCUUGAGUUAAGCACAGCCUCAGCAGACAGUCAAAGGUCAAAACAUCACCUUCCAAAGGAUCAGUCACAUCCGAUGCCUCAGUCAUUCAUGCCAACUGUCUCUGGAUAUCCUAUGCUCAGGUCAGAAUUAUAGCCUUGACUAGUGUAGCCUUCAAGAUUUUACAACAACAGUCAAAUACUCCUGUUCUAUAUAAAGUAUUUAUGCCUUUAAAAGUGAUGCUAGCUCAUAAUCAGAUGACCUACAAUGACUUCCAGCCAAAUGAAUUUCAGAAAGAUGUAUUUAAAUUGUAAAGUAUUUUGUAUUUCAUGCGCAACGUGUGCUUUUUGCACAAAAUGUGAUUUUCAGAGAUGAAGGUAGUCGAGGCGAUUUCCCCUGACAUCACACUCUCAGUGUGCUUAACGGAGCAGAGUUGUUUCUUCUGCCUUCCUGAAUAUUACCCACAAUACAUGUAUGGACUGUACCUUGCCUGUGACGAAAAUAUUUCUUUAUGCUCAUUCUUUAUGCUCUUCUUUUUUUUUUUUCAUGCUUACUCAAAAACAUUCACUUGAUAUCAACAGAUGUGAGUUCCUUCUUUUUAUAUAUAUGUGUAUAUAUAUAUAUAUAUAUGUAUAUAUACAUAUAUAUAUAUAAAUAUAUAUGUAUAACUCUGUACCAAAGGCUGGUUUCUUUUUAUGCAUUUUCCUGUUUUGAAAGUGAAAUUCAGUGUUUGUAAUGGCAUUAUGUCUCCUGUCCAAUCCAUUUCCACUUAAAAUGUAUGUUCAAGGCCCUUCACGAGAGCUUGCUUUUGUGUAUAAGUAAUGACGCGUAUAAAACAUACUGAAAAGCCUUUUUUUUCUACUUUUACUAAUUCUGAAUGGUCACAUAUCAGGACACUCAGUCGAGUAGUAUAGAUCUUUGGUUAAGGUGGUGAAUCAUAUCAUGAUGAAGGUGAUGCCUUUGCUGUUCUUUUUGUGUAAUAAACUUAAGAACCUAAA